AUGAUAUAAUAUAAAUAAAAUUUUAACAAACUAGAAGAAUUUUUAAGCUCUUCACUUUAAUGCCAUUAAGUUCUUCAUAUUGCUCUGGAUGAAAAUAAAAUUGAUGAUGAAGGUGUAAAGCUCUUAAGUUCUGCUUUAGCAAAUUAUACUAAUCUCUUAAAUUUGACACUUAAUCUUCGUUUCAAUAAAAUUACUGCUAUUAGUAUAUCAUGCUUAUGUUCUGCUUUAGUAAAUUGCACUAAUCUUUCAAAUUUGACACUUGAUCUUAGUUUCAUUUAAAUUUGUGACGAAGGUGCAUUAAGUUUAGGUAUUGCUUUAGCAAAUUGCACUAAUCUCUCAAAUUUAACAAUUGAUCUAGGUUUCAAUAAUAUUGGUGCAAUUGGUGCUUAAGGUUUAGGUUCUGCUUUUGCAAAUCGCACUAAUCUCUCAAAUUUGACUCUUUAUCUUAUUUAAAAUUAAAUUGGUGAAAUUGGUGUAUCAGGAUUAUGUUCUGCUUUAACUAAUUGCACUAAUCUUUCAAAUUUGACACUUGAUCUUUGUUACAAUAAAAUUGGUGUAUUAGGUGUAUCAAGUUUAGGUUCUGCCUUAGCAAAUUUCACUAAUCUCUCAAAUUUAACGCUUGAUCUUCGUGGAAAUUAAAUUGGUGAUGAAGGUGCAUCAGUUUUAGGUUCUUCUUUAGCAUAUUGUACUAAUAUCUCGAAUUUAAUACUUAAUCUUAGUUACAAUUAAAUUGGUGCAAUUGGUGCAUUAGGUUUAGUUUCUCCGUUAGUAAAUUACAUUAAUCUCACAAAUUUGAAACUUCAACUUAUUUACAGUUAAAUUGAUGCAAUUGGGUUGUAAGACUUAGGUUCUGUUUUAGCAAAUUGUAUUAAUCUCUAAAAAUUGAAACUCUAUCUUAAUUACAAUCAAAUCGAUUCAAUUGGUGCAUCAGGCUUAGGUUCUGCUUUAGCAAACUGUAAUAGUCUCUCAAAUUUGAUAAUUGAUCUUAGUUACAAUCAAAUUGGUGAUUAAGGUGGAUUAGAUUUUUGUUCUUUUUUAGCAAAAUACACUAAUCUCUCAAAUUUAAAACUUAAUAUUAGUAAAAACGAAAUCAAUAAAUAAUAACAAUUGAAAAUAAAAAGCAAGUGUCUUAAAUCAAAAAGAUUAGUUGUCUUUAAAAUAAAUUUCUGA